AUGUUGCUGCUCAUAGAUGUCCUGCUCCUUAUUCUGCACUCUGUAGUUUCAGACUUGGUUGGACAGCCUGCCUACCAAAACCUAAGACAGCGCGUUGACAACUUUGUUGCAAACCACUUGGCAACUCAUACUUGGAGUCCUCAUCUCAACAAGAAUCAACUAAGAAACAAUAUUAGACAGCAAGUCCUUAAAUCAGGAAUGCUGGAAUCUGGUAUCGACCGAAUUAUUUCUCAGGUCGUGGAUCCAAAGAUCAACCACACAUUCAGACCUCAGGUGGAGAAAGCAGUACAUGAGUUUUUGGCCACACUCAAUCACAAAGAGGAAGCAGGUGGCAGUGCAGUUCCUGCUGAUGAGAAACCAGACUCUUCCACCAUUACACAAGGUGUCCCUACUCCUGGCCCCAGUGCUAACGUAGCCAAUGAUGCCAUGUCAAUCUUAGAAACCAUAACUUCUCUAAACCAGGAAGCUAGUGCUGCCCGGGCCUCAACCGAAAUGUCAAACUCCAAGGCCAGUGAGAGACCAUCCAAAAAACUCUCCUCCCAGCCAAGCAUGGACACUAGCACUGACAAAGAAAGAGCUUCAGAGGACGCAGUCGGCAAAGAAAAGACUGUGCCUGACUGUCUGGGGGAAGGAUUGGACACAGCCCCGAAGUCUGAAGAACUCAGUGAUCUUCAGGGCCCAGCUGAAGAAAUAAAAAAUCACAUGAAAGAGAAUAAUAGCUUGAUUCUGCCAAAUAAGGAUGUUCAGCAGGAAAGCAGUGACCAAAAGAAUAAAUCAGCAGACAAAGGUGAAAAGAAACCAGACAACAGUGAUAAAGGAGAAAGGAAAAAAGAAAAGAAGGAAAAAACUGAAAAGAAACUAGAUUACUCAAAAAGGAAUGAAGAUACACUAAAAGUAAAAGAUGAAAAACAAGGAAAGGAAAAAGAAGUGGAAGGUGCAAAACUUUCUUCAGAAAAAAACAGUAAUAGAGGUAAAACUGUUGAAGGGACAAAGGAAGAUUGUUCUUUAGUAGACUCUGAUGUGGAUGGACUUACCGACAUCACAGUUAGCUCUGUUCAUACUAGUGAUCUUUCAUCUUUUGAAGAAGACACUGAGGAGGAGGUUGUCAUGUCUGAUAGCAUGGAAGAAGGAGAGAUUACAUCAGAUGAUGAAGAGAAGAGCAAACAGAAUAAAACAAAAACUCAAACUAGUGAUUCUAGUGAAGGAAAAGCAAAAAGCAUACGACAUGCUUAUGUUCACAAACCAUAUCUUUACUCGAAGUACUACAGUGAUUCUGAUGACGAGCUCACGGUAGAACAGCGGCGACAGUCCAUCGCAAAAGAAAAAGAAGAAAGACUUUUAAGAAGACAAAUUAAUAGGGAGAAACUUGAAGAAAAACGAAAACAAAAAGCAGAAAAGACGAAGUCUUCCAAAGGGAAAAGUCAAGGCAAAAAUAAUGUGGACUUAGAAGAAUCAGCAACAAAGAGUUUGGAACCGAAAGCCGCUAGAAUUAAAGAAGUUCUUAAAGAACGAAAAGUUUUAGAGAAAAAGGUAGCCUUAAGCAAAAAAAGAAGGAAAGAUUCAAGGAACACUGAAGAGAAUGCCAAAAAGAAACAGCAGUCUGAAGAAGACUUUAAAGAAAGCCUUAAAACAAGUGAGCACUGUGAAAAGGAAAAGGCAUCUUCUUCAAAAGAACUAAAGCAUGCUCAUACAAAAAGCGAGCCAAGUAGACCUGCCCGGAGACCUUCAGAAACCUUACAUUCUGCUGAUGAAAACAAAAAUGAGUGUAAAGUAGAGAGAGAACAUAAAAGGCGAACAUCUACCCCUGUUGUGUUGGAAGUGACUCAGGAAGAAACUGAUACAAGAGAUGGAAAAAGACAAACAGAACGCUCAGAAGUUGGCACAGAAGAACCUCAGAAACAGAAAAACACACUUAAAAAUGAAAAGCAUCUAAAGAAAGAUGAUUCUGAAAUGUCACACUUGAAAAACCUCCCUAAGAAAGAGGCAAAAACCUCCAAGGAGAAACCUGAAAAAGAAAAAACUCUGUCAGAAGAGAAAUUGUCUACAAAACAUAAAUAUAAGAGUGACAGCACACAUAAAACUGGGGAUGAGACUGAAACACACCCUUCAGAGAAAGGUUUGAAAGGAGAAGAAAAUAAUCAGAAGCAAAGUCAACAAACAAAGCCUUCAGAUGAUAAAGCUGAACGAAAAAGUAAACAUAGGAAUGAAAGGAAAUUGUCAGUUUUAGGCAAAGAUGGAAAGCCAGUGUCUGAAUAUAUUAUAAAAACAGAUGAGAAUGUGCGUAAGGAAAACAGCAAAAAAGAGAGACAUCUGUCGACUGAGAAGACCAAAGCAGAGCACAAAUCAAGAAGAUCAAGUGAUAGUAAAAUUCAGAAAGAUGCAAGUUCUAAGCAACAUGUGGUCACUGGACAGAGAAGAAGCGAAAGUUAUUCAGAAGAUAAAUGUGACACAGAUCCAACUAAUGUAGAUAACAGUGUAAAACCAGAAGAGCUUGUUCACAGGGAGAAGAGAAGAACAAAGAGCUUGCUUGAAGAUAAACUUACAUUGAAGUCAAAAUCGAAAGGUCAAGGCAAACAGUUAAGAGUUGCUGAAACAGAAUUACAAGAAAGCGUCACGAAACAGGCUGCCACUCCAAAACCAGAGAAGGAAAAGACCACAGAAGAAAAUGACCCAGAUAAACCACGCAAGGCUAAAGUUGAGGACAAACCCCUAGAAGAAACUGGUGCUGAACCUGUAUUAGAGAGCGCCUCCUUUUCACAUAGUGUACAGAAAGAUUCCGGUCACAGAGCUAAACUACCAUUGCUAAAGGAGAAAUGUAAAGGAGAGAAGGAGUCAGGCUCCUCCAGACUUGAGAGGAAGUUGUCAGAUGGGCACAAAAGCAGAAGCAUGAAGCAUAGUAGUAAAGACAUAAAAAAGAAGGAGGAAAAUAAAGCAGAUGACAAAGAUGGUAAAGAAAUUGACAGUAAUCAUGAGAAGUUGAGAGGGAACGGUCCAGUCACAGAAAAGAAAUUAAGUAGACGGUUGUGUGAAAAUCGAAGAGGAAGCGUAUCACAAGAAACGACCAAAGGAGACGAAAAAUUAACAAACCCUUUGGGUACUCUCAGUAGUUCCUCCCUUCAGAAACCAAAAAGAAGUGAUACAUCAGUUCCUGAACUAGAGCCGAUGGAAAUUGAUUCUGAUACAGGUGCUGGAAAUGUAUUUGAAAUACUUAAAACCCAAGACAACAGCAAUAAUAGUUCUCAACAAGAUAAAGACUCUGAAAAUGUCACAAAACAGAAAGCUACUACUCCAGCUGUAAAGGAUGAAUUAAAAAUUGCCACAGAUCUGAAACCAGCUACAGCCUGUAAACUGGUCCGUGGAACAGGAACAUCUAGCAAUUCAGAAAAGCAAACUGACCACAAAAGCACCUUGGCCAAGAAAGUACAGAUGCAGGUUGCCAUGUCCAAACCAAAUCCCAGGGAGAAAGAGCUUGUUCAACAGGGAGCUCAGGAAAUGGACAUAGACUCCGAAAUGAGUCAUAGAAUACUGCCUCCUAGCUCUUCAGAAAGUGGAGGGCUGCAGAGAGACUUGAAAUGCUCAGCCAGACCCACUGAAGAACAUGCUGCUCAAGGAGAUGUUGCUCUUGAACAUUCCACAGAUGCAAACCCCCCUCCGACCUUAAGUUCAGUGAAUGUUGUGCCUCAGACUGAACCUCGAGCUUCAGAUGUAAUUCCUGUAGUUGGCAGAACUGCCUCAGAAGGGCAUGUUGGCAGCACCUCCCUCGUGGCUCAUGCUGAUCCCCCUAACCAAAGCUUAACUGUUAAGAAAUCAGAGGUCCCUGGGCCCAGUGCUGGCAAAGAUAGUGAAGGUUCCACAGUAGGUGCCUCAGCAGAAACAAGCAUGGCUGGCAGAAGUCACAUUCCAGAAGGCCACCAGGCCCCACCGCUGAACAGUGGAGAUUUUAAAAUAAAUACACCUCUUACCAGCGAGUCCACAGACAUGACUGUGAGAAACAACAUUGAAAAAGACAGAAAGACAGAUACAACCCAGAGAGAAAAUGAUCUCAGUAUAGAGCCCACUCUAAAGCAGACAGUUACAGCUACAGACAGAAAUGGGGGAACUGUUGACCUUAUGUGCACUCACCCAGAUGAGAUAAAUGUAUCAGCUGGUGCUGAAAGAAGAAAUCAGAACACUGAAGUAGACACCAGUGGUGGAGGGGAUGCUGCGUCCUCCAUUUUGCAGCAAAAGAAUGGAGCAGCUGGGUCUGAUAGAGCAGAAAAGGCUUUUGUUCCCACUAGUACGGAAGAGAAAGACCAGGGCAUCACCUUGAUCCCAGCAAAGAAUGGAGAUGCUACCACUACUUCCUCAGAAACAGAGAGUAGAGUGGCUCUGCCAUGCAGCAGCAUCGAAGCAGAUGAAGGCUUCAUAGUGGGUACCUGCACCAUAAACAAUCCCCUCCAGGGUGGGGCAGAAGCCAGUGAAUGCACUGUUUUUGCUGCAGCCGAAGAGGGUGGGGGUAUCGUCACCGAAGGAUUUGCUGAAAGUGAAACUUUGCUCACAAGCACCAAGGAAGGUGAAAGUGGAGAGUGUACCGUGGCCGAAUCAGAAGAUGGAACCGCAGCCCUCACAGCUGCUCAUCCGUGUGAAACCGAAGCCAGUGUGAACAGUGUUGUGUCUGAAGAGAAAGACGAUGCAGUAACCAGUGCAGGCUCUGAAGAAAAGUGUGAUGGUUCUUCAAGCAGGGACUCAGAGAUAGUGGGAGGGACUGUUACUUUUAUUAGCGAAGUCGAAAGCGAUGGUGCAGUUACAAGUGCUGGGACAGAAAUAAGAACAGGAUCCAUGAGCAGUGAAGAGGUUGAUGGUACCCAGGGAGACCAGACAGGAACGGGUCCCAAAAAAGAAACAGAGGGCACUGUGACAUGCACGGGAACAGAAGGCAGAAGCAAUAACUUUGUGACAGGAGCAGGGCCCAGGGAGGAGCGUGUGGCUGCAGGGACAGAGGUGGUCCUGGUGGACAACAAUGUACCCCCUGGUACAGGUGCCAACCAGGAAGGUGAUGGCUCUGUGAUUGAUGGGGCAGAAGGUGAGAGUGCAGUCACUAGCACAGGCAUUACAGAGGAAGAUGGGGAGGGGCUGGCGAGUUGCACGGGCUCAGAAGAUAGUGGUGAAGGCUGUCUGAUAAGUUCCGAAACAGAAGAAGGUGGAGAGAGUGCAAUGGACAGCACAGUAGCCAAAGAAGUUACUGCUAUCCCCUUAGUCGCUACUGGCCCCUGUGAUGAUGAAGGCAUUGUGACCAGCACAGGCGCAAAGGAGGAGGACGAGGAGGGCGAGGGCGUUGUGACCAGUACUGGGAGAGGCAAUGAGGUUGGACAUGCUUCCAUGUGCUCAGCUAUAAUAGGUGAGGACAAUGAAGGUGUGUUGAUUUGCGAAAGUGCAGAAGGCGACAGUCAAGUUGGUCCUACAGCAGACCGCGUGGACACUGAGGCUGGGGCAGCCCUCAUGAAUGCAAAUGAAAGUAACGUUGACAGUGUGAGUGCUGCAGAGAAGGAACUCAAAGACACAGAGAUCUGCUCCAGUGCCAAGGGGAUCGUGGAAAGUAGUGUGACCAGCGCAGCUGCAGGGAAGAGUGAAGGGGCACCAGUUCUGGGAGAUGGCGAGGAUCCCAUGGUGAGCGCGGCUUCUGACCAAAGUGGUGGUCAGCUUGGUAGGAAAGAAAAGGCUGAAGAUGCCACUAUUUCCACUGGUCUGGUGGAGGGCAGUUAUGUUCUUGUAUCUGGUGCCAUUCCGGAAUGUGAAGUGGAUCACACAUCACCAAGUGAAAAGGAAGAUGAAGGUGUCAUCACCUCUGCGGAGCAUGAAGAGUGUGAUGGCCUCAUGGCUACUACAGUCAGUGACGAUAUUUCCAACCAGGAGAGCUUAGCUGGGGGUGAAGGUCGAGGCAAAGGCCUGAUGAUUUCCACCAGUACAUCCAACGAUUGUGCCCCUCAGGUGAGCACGAUUCUAGAGGCAGGAGAAGGCCAUUCGGAUACCCUGAGAAGUGAAGAAAAUGCGCAAGGCACCAGGGUAAACAUGGAAGAUUUUGAGGCCCCCACACCCAGUGCAGUUUCGGGUGAUGCAGGCCAGCUUCCUCCUAGCAGAUGUGAAGAGAAAGACGAGUGUGCCAUGAUUUCCACAAGCAUAGGGGAGGAGUUCGAAGUGCCUAUUUCCAGUGUAGUGACCCUCACCUGUGCUGAAAGUCAGCAUCUGCUCACAGUGGUUGAAGAAAGGGCUAAUGGUCCCAUCUUCGUGAGCACAGAGGACUUUGACGUUCCUAUGCCUAGUGCUCCUGCAGAAGUUGAAGGUCCUCUUGCCUCAACCAGCAAGGAGGAAAAAGACGAGUGUGCUCUCAUUUCCACCAGCAUAACUGACGACUGCGAGGCCUGCGUUUCUGGAGCGAAUGAAAACACACAGUCUGCUACGGACGGGAGCGCGGUCAUCUCAACCAGCUCAGUGGAGGACUGUGAUGGCUCUGUGUCCAGCGCCGCCCCUCAGGAGGUGACCUGCCCUUCAGUCACUACAGCAGAAGAGACAAACGACACUGCCAUGAUUUCCACAAGCACUGAAGGAUGUGAGGCAAUCAUGGUUGGUUCUGUCCCCCUGGAUGAGGACCGAGCCACCAUUGCAAGAGUGGAAGACAGCAGUGAUGCUGCCGUCAUCUGCACCAGCACAGCAGAGUGUGUGCUGACAGCCGCCAGCUUGGACCAGCCCAGAGAGGAUCAUCUGGCUGCACCCAAGCCCACGGGGCACCAUGAGCUGUCCAUGGCUAGCGAGAACAAGUGUGAGGUCCCUGUACCCAGUGUCACUGCUGAGAACAGCACUCAGUGCCCUGGGCUAAUUGCUGGAGACAAGAAAGAGGACCCCAUGCCAGCCAUGAGCGCUGAGGAAGGGCGGGAGCGGCUGCCAGUCUGUGAGCCUUCAGUUGCCCAGGGCCAACCCAGUGCUGAGUGUGCUGAAGAGAGGGGCAGACAUGGCAAGGGCUGCCCUGGGCCAGACCCUUGUGCAGCAGGACAAAACCAAAGCACUGCGCAUCUCUUAGAUGCAGAAAAGGAAAAGGUGUCAUUGAGCACCGCUCAGACUGCGGCAGAAAGUCCAGUGGCUGAGACAGCAGAGGGUGGGGGCAUGGCCCCUUCAGCAGGGAAGGGCAUGGAGAAGAGUGCUACCUCCUCAUCUGCCCAACUGAGAGGACCAGGACAUUCUGGGCAUCUGGCUGAGGGCCUUUCUGUCAACACCCACUGUUGGGCAGCAGUAAACACCGGUGCUAAAGAAGUUGACGGCAUGUCACCUGUCAGGGAUCCUGCUGUGGAGUGUUCUGUUCCUCCAGACCAUCUGGGUCCUGAGGACAGCAUGAAGACCCCUGCCACCAAACUUAUUAUGGGCCAGGAGGCAAAACUUGUUCCUUCUCAUACGGCAGUCCUUGCCCCUGCCUGCCAUGUCACUGUAUCUGCCCCUGGAUGUGAGGGAGACUUGACUACAGAGAGUGACCGCAGUGGCCAGUGGACUGAUGCAGCAUGUGCUGAGAAAACAGAGCCAGGGCACAGUGUGAGGACAUCACUCCUCAGGGAAGGAGACCUUGAGGUCACUAUUUGUGCUGAGCAAAAUUUGUGUGACAAAGGCAAUGAGGAAUCUCCAAAGGAUUUAGAAGGAUCAGAACUGACAGCCAACUUGCAGUCCAAGACAUUUGUGCCUUCAGAGGAAGAAAAAAACCAUGAAAUUCUAGCAAUGCAAGAAAGUCAGUGUGAGGAAAAGCCAAGUGGAAUGGAUGAGCUACAAAGAAAACCCCCAUUGCUGAAUGAAUCCCCAUGUGUUGAGAACUCAGACUCACGAACAAACGCAGAGAUUCCUAAUAAAUCUUGUAACAAAGAGAUAUCCACUGAUAGAAAAGACAACACAGAAAAAACCAGAAGUCACAGUAUUGAAGCAAGCCCCAAGGAGGUUGAAGAGGAAGAAAGGCAUAUCCCUACGAGAAAGGCGAAGAAGCACUACCCUUCCUCUGAAGAUGAACUGGAUGAUAUUCCAGAUGUCCUGGAUUCCAGAAUAGAAACAGCACGGAGACAGUGCUCUGAAGCUGAGCCACAAGACACCAAGGAGGAGAACUCUGGAGAUUGGGAAGAAUUGUCUAAAAUAAGUUCUAAAACAAACAACACUGUUUCAAGGACUGUGGAGGAAAAAGAUGAACUGAGCAGCAGUGAGGCGACUGGUGAAAAGAUAGAGCAGAAUGAAGAUGACAGCCUCAGAUCGCAAGAGGAAGAUCAGCCAGUAAUUAUUAAAAGGAAAAGAGGAAGACCUCGUAAAUACCCUGUGGAAACAGCACUAAAAAUAAAAGAAGAUUCCAAAGCAGACACUGGCAUUGUCUCUGUGGAGCAGCCUACACCUAGCAGCAAACUGAAAGUAAUGCAAGCAGAUGAGUCUAAUAAAGAAACAGCUAACCUACAAGAAAGAAGUACAAGCAGUGAAGACAGUGAGGAAAAAACAGCAAGUGCUCGUCGGAGAGGAAGAAAGCCCAAACGUUCGCUCACUCUGUCAGACGAUGCUGAAUCCUCGGAGCCGGAAAGAAAACGCCAGAAACUGCUUUCUGAAACAACUGAGGAUAAAAAAGAUCAGGAGUCUGAGGAGGAAGAGGAAGAAGAGGAAGAGGAUGAGCCCUUGGGAGCCACCACUCGGUCCUCCACCAGGUCCGAGGCACAGAGAUCAAAGACACAGCUCUCCCCUUCUACCAAGCGCAAGAGAGAAGUCAGCCCUCCUGGAGCACGGACGCGAGGCCAGCAGAGAGUGGAGGAAGCCCCCACAAAAAAGGCAAAGCGGUAAUCCCAACCGCCACUGUCAUGGCCCCCUGGGGAAGCGUGGAAGGGACGGAUGAACCUCAUGGCCAGAGGCUUCUUUUUUUUUUUUUAACCAAGAAACAGAUAUGCAUGGGCUGUAAGUUCCUAGGUGCAAGCUUUUUCUUGUUGUUUUAAACCGCUUUAUAAACUAUUGUUCAUAGAAGAUAUCAUCAUGUACAUUUAUUUCAGAUAAAGGACAGUAAGUUUACUUGUAUCUGAACUCAAAGUAGUUGUAUAUUUUAACAUUCAAAUUGGGGUUUCCCAAUGUGACACAUCACCGAGGCAAACCCCUCCAGCCCGUCAGACACCAGGCUGCCGGCCAGUGAUCUGUGUAUAGUAUAUAAACAUGUAAAAAUAGGUUGUAUUUUACUCUAUGUAUGAUGCUAAUCAAUGAACACUAUUUAUUUUACAGAGAAAACUUAUCUGUGAACUUUACUAUAUAUCUGUUUAUUUUAUUUUAUUUUAUUAUUAUUUUUUUUUAAUAAAGAGGGUUUUAAAUGCUGUGCAGUCGUUAGUAGCAACUUCUGUAGGACUCUGCCUGCCCGUGACUGACCCAGCAGGACGUGCAGAAGCUCGCAUGCACCGAGUAGUUUAGCUCAAGAAAGGGUCUCGCCGCUUUCUGGUCACAGUCAUGACUGCUUUUUAAGAAUGUAACUCAUUUUUAGAUGACACUUGCAUCUGUGACUUUGCCACCAGCCCCGUGAUGGUAGCCUGGUCAGGCAGAGCCGCCCGUCUCCUGCCACAGCAGGGCCCCUGUCAGCGCCCGCCCCUUCAUGUUCUUGGAAGCCCCCGAGGUUCCUCCCAUCUCUCUCAGCAAAGGGAAGCCCACGGCCGGUCAGGUCACUCCUACCUACGUAGCUCCAGGAUUUCAUGUUGUUUUUAUACACAAUUAUUUCAGGAUGAAGCUGGUUUUAUUGCCAGGUUCUUUUUUAAACAUGUUUUAACUUCCAUAUGAACAAAUUGUCCAACCUAAGUUUUUCAUAAAAUUAAACUUUUAUUAAGGUCAAAUUUGUCUCUUGCAAUGAUGUGAUGAGUUGCCAAAUAAUUGAGAUUAUUUUAAAAUGUUUUGUUCUUAUUCUUGUUUUAUAAUUAAAAUAUACAGUCAGUG